AUGGCGGACAACCUCACGCUCGGCCUCUCCCAGCUACCGGAUGAGAUGCUCACCUUCACCCUCCUAAAAGCCUCGGAAGGUCUCACCCCACGGCUCGGCAAACUCGCCUUCCCCGGCAGAUCCACCAUCCAGACCCCCCACUACAUCGGCAACGCGUCACGAGGUGUGAUACCGCAUCUCUCCCAGGACUUGUUCAGGAAGCACACCAACAUCGACGCCAUAUACGUGCCCUUAGAAGACUUUGUAGAGAAAGCACCGCAGCAUACCCCGCCGGUUUACGAGCUCGAUCUCCCGGAUGCGGAGUCGCCCUUGCGCCGCUUCAUCGCGCUGAAGCAGGAUGCGUUUCUCAUCAUGGGCGCGCGGAGAACGCCUCCUAUAGCGGCCCCGGCAGCCAAUACCAAUGGCGCGAUCAGUAUCCUGACCUCGGUCGGGUUUCGUCAUCUAGCUUCUUCGGACUAUGUCGCCGCUGCGCAGAAGCUCCGACCGGACAUCGUGGUUGGGCUGGGUGAUAUUGUAUACAAGCAACAAGCAAAACCCAGCAACAAGCGGGUGGCCAAAAUGGCUGAUCGGACUGAGGCCUGGACGAAGGACAUCGUAGAUGGCAAGAGCGGUCUGGACAAAACGACUAGGGACGGACCUCGCUAUAGCAUCUUCGCGUCAGUCCUCCCAAUCAGCUCCGAGCUACAGUCCUCCUAUGUCGACGAGCUGGCGGACGAGCUGCGCGACCAGCUAUCCGGCCUCGCAAUAUACGACCCAAGCUCCCUAACGGAUCUCCCACAAGCGCUAACACCGCUUCCGCGCUUAUCCUUCUCCGAGCCCUCAAGCCCGCGACAGCUACUGCACGAGCUAUCCCUAGGCACAGAUUUACUCACAAUCCCCUUCAUCAACGCAGCCACCGAUGCAGGAAUAGCCCUAGACUUUAUCUUCCCUCCCGCCAACGCUUCUAGCAGCACACGAAGGCCGCUAGGGGUAGACAUGUGGUCCUCAACGCACGCAACAGAUCUUUCGCCGCUGAGUUCGGGCUGCGGAUGCUACGCGUGUAAGAGACACCAUCGUGCAUAUUUGCAGCACUUGCUGGCUGCGAAGGAGAUGCUGGGCUGGACGCUUCUGCAGGUGCAUAAUCACGCGGUUAUGGAUCAAUUCUUUGCUGGUGUCCGGGCGAGUAUUGGGAAGGACAAGUUUGAGGAGGAUAGGGUGGCUUUCGAAGCGGUGUAUGAGGCUGAAUUGCCGGAGAGGACUGGGCAAGGACCGAGGCAAGUUUGCGUGAUUGUUAACGGGGUCAGAGGAUAUCAGUUUAAGUCGGAGGGCCCGGGCGAGGCGAAGAAGAACGCCUCUGCCUACCGCAUGCUUGAUGAGAGGAAGGAGUUGCUUGCUGAGGCAAGUACGCCUAGUUCAGGUACUGAUGCGAAAGAUUUGGAGAAUAUCGGGUUUGCAGAGGUGGUCGAGCGGCAGUAA